AUGUCCCUUCCCCGGGCUGCUGCUCCGCGGAGCCGCCAGCAGGGGGCGGCACAACACAAGCCGCGCCGCGCCCCGCUGCGCCCUGGGCCGGAGGCGCCCGGAGCCUGCAGCGCUCGGGUUCGAGUCUCGCCCCCGCCGGCAGGGUCAGACCUUCCCCGGGGUCUCCAUCGGGCGUUUUCCUGCCCCGUGUCCCCGGAGGGCAGUCUGCUGGAGGUGGCAAUGCUGAAGCUCCUUGGACUCCUCCUUUUCUGUGGCCUCCUCUGCCCCUCUCAGGAGGUCCUGUCCGGUCUGUCCUGCGCCGUCAGCCCCAGGGCCAUGCAGAAUGUCCUCUCAGAAGCCAUCCUGCAGAAUGGGCUCCUCCAGCAGCACCUGCAGGGCCUGGUGCUCCCCAACAUCCUGAGUGAAGGGGGUCUGCUGAACUCCCCCACCAGCAUCACUGGCCUGCACCUGGUCAAGGUCCGGAGGCCCAAGCUGUCGGUGGCGCUGCUGGCGGGCAUCGGCGUCCAGCUGACCGUCGCCGCCAAGCUGGAGCUCAGCGGUGACUGCCUGGUUGGCCUCCUCUCUGAGCUCAUUGACAUCCUGGUGGAUGUGAGGAUCACUGCCAACAUCAAAUGCACCAACUACGAGGCGGGCAGCGUCCAGGUGCUCUUCGAGGACUGCCUCUGCAUCCUGGGGGCUGUGAAGAUCAAGCUCCUCUCUCGCCUGCUGACCCUGUCAGUGAACGAGAUGGUGCUGCGCCAGCUGACAGCAGCUCUGCCUGCUCUGCUGUGCCCAGUGCUGGAGAUUGUGGUGAACCUGGUGAACAUCCAGCUCCUGGGCACCCUCAACGCGGUGAUCCCGGUCGGGACGGCAGGAACCAUCCACUACCAGCUGGCCAGCCUGCCCUUCACCUCUGGCUUGGUCCUGGGCAUGGACUUGGAUGGUGCAGUGAAGCAGGUGGGGGGCACCAUCAUCCCCCACGAGGCCUCCCCCUCUGCCCUGCCCCCGCUGCUGGACAAGCUGCUGGUGCUGGGCCUGCGGCAGAGCUUCCUCAACGCGGUCCUGGCCCUCCUCAUCCAGACCCCCCCCCAGACCUUCACCUGCACCCCAGACGUGUUCUCCAGUGCCACCCCUCUGCAAGAAGCCAUCCUGGCCCUGGUGCCUGCUGGGUGCCCUGCCUGCCGCGGGGGCAGCCCCCUGAGCAUCAGGCUGACGCUGGGGGGGAGCCCGCUGCUCCUCCUGGAAGACGGCAAAGCCGCCGUGGAGCUGCUGGUCCUCAUCCAGGUCUCUGCGAAGCGUCCGGACGGAGCUGUCCUCAACCUCCUGCUGCUGAAGGCUGACCUCAGCCUGGAUGUCCACUUGUCCAUCGGGGGGGGCAGGCUGGUGCUGGGCUUGUCCCUGGGCAGCACUGCCCUCUCCUUGGAGUCUUCUGAUGUUGGCAUCAGCAAUAUCUCCAACCUGAAGCCACACUGCACCACUUUGCUGACAGAGACCUUAGUGCCCCUCCUCAAUGGUGCCCUGCGUGUGGGGAUCCCCCUGCCCAACGUCCUGGGCAUCCCCCUCCUCAAGGUGGAGAUCCAGAUCCAAGUGGGCCUGCUGCUGAUCUUUGUGUGA